AUGAACGGUCAAGAAAAGAGCCACCAUGCAGACGACACGGAGUUGGGCCUGGAGCUCGAAAAGCGCCUAGUGUGGAAGCAGGACAUGCACAUCGUACCUCUAUGCGCCGCCAUCUAUCUGCUUUGCUAUCUAGAUCGGUCUAAUAUAGGCAAUGCCAAAAUCCUCAACGAAGACACGGGCGAUGAUCUCCUUACGGAGACGAACAUGACUUCUUAUCAGUUUACCAUCGCACUCAUGGUAUUCCUGAUUGCCUACGCCCUGUUCGAGGUCCCCUCGAACUACCUCCUCAAGAAGCUCAGACCUAGCAGAUGGAUCUCCUUCCUCAUGCUCUCCUGGGGGGCAGCCACGAUGGGCCUAGGCGGCGCACACAACUACGCCCAAGUCACAGGCAUCCGCUUCCUUCUCGGAGCAAUGGAAGCCGGUCUCUUCCCGGGCUUCGUCUACUACCUCACAUUCUGGUACCGCACGUCAGAGCGAUCCAUGCGCGUCGCACUGAUCCUCGCAUCCGCCACCCUGGCCGGGGCCUUCGGCGGCGCGAUCGCCUACGGCGUGGGCCACAUGAACCAGGUGCACGGACUGUCCGCGUGGCGAUGGCUGUUCAUCAUUGAGGGCGCGCCGUCCUGCGCAUCUGCCUUCCUGGUCUGGUUCCUGCUCCCUGAUUAUCCUGAGUCUGCGGCUUGGUUGAGUGAAGAGGAGAAGGCGCUUGCUGCGCGGAGACUGGAAACAGAGGGGUCGAAGGGAGGCGCCCACGCUAUGACUUGGGAGGAUGCGAAGGGGGUGCUGACUGAUUGGAGGUUGUAUGCGCAUUAUGCUAUCUACUUCGGCAUCUCAACCCCCUUCUCCAGCCUCAGUCUCUUCACCCCAGCCAUCACCAGCGGGCUGGGCUACACAAGCCUGCGCGCGCAGCUAAUGACCGUGCCGCCGUGGGCCGUCGCCUACGUCGUCACGACGGCUGUAGCUUGGUCGGCAGAUUACUUCAAUAGUCGCGGCCUCCACUCCGCUCUCUUCGCCUUUAUCGGCGCGAUGGGAUUCCUUGCGUCUGCUGUUCUUCCCGCGGAUGCAUACUUGCACCGCUACGGCUGCCUAAUAGUAGCCGCAAGCGGCUCCUUCGCCUGCAUUCCGCCCCUCCUCGGCUGGCUCUCCGCAAACCUACACUCCACAGCCGGAACAGGACUCGCCAUCGCAUUGAACGUCUCGUUCGGAGCACCCGGGCAGAUCGUAGGCGUGUGGAUCUACAAGAGCGAGGAGGCGAAGAUAGGGUAUCCGACGGGGCAUUGGGUGAAUGCGGGAUUGCUUUUGUUUGUUGCUGCGGGGUGUGUGCUGUUGAGGUUUUAUUACGGGUGGAGGAAUGGGAGGGGGGUUGGGGGGGAGAGGUUUGCGUAUUGA